UGUUAUCAGAUCCCCUGAUCCCCUCAAUUUGCCUGCGGAAGGUGCGGCCAGGGAGAUGGCGAUGGUGGACGCUUCGGGCGCGAUGGACAGGUUAGUGAGGCGUCUGCGGGAGGUCGCCUCUUCGCCGAAAGGGUCUUUCUCAUUCCAUGAUGAAGUAGAAGCCGACACUGAAAUCCUUUGCAGGGUGUUGGAGUCUUCAUCCUCUUCCUCCUCGUCGGCGGCUUACAGUCCGGAACAGAUUGAUUUUCUGAGGUUUAUUCUGGAGGGGCUUCUCGUCUGCGGUUUGUGCGGGUAUUCUCUCGAGCGCGACACGGGUCGUGAUGGGGCGGGCGCUUCUUCAUGCGUUCCCUCCGCGGCGCCGCUGGCAUCGAGCGAAGCGGGCGCUGGUGUUCGUAAUCGCGUUCUACUUCGUGUGGCACGCUUGGCCGUGGAGUUUUGCCUGGAUACUCUCGAGCGAUGCCUGGUGUACCAGUCAUCUCAGAGGGGCGUGCAGCUGGAGCUGGAAGGGGGCAUGCGGGAGAGUUGUCCGGGAUUCGAGUCGAAGAAUCUAUUCGAUUUACGAAACGCCGGGAGAGGCGGUAAGGGAGAUCAGGGGCGAGAACGAGUGGGUUUUUGGCGGACGAGGAAAGAGGAAAAGAAUGACAGGUUGCACAUGGGGCAGCAGACGACGAGCUCAAUAAGAGCAGGAAGAUGUCAAGGAGGGAGUCGGGAGGAGUUGGAGGGACAAGAAGAGGAAGAAAAGGAGGAAGUUGACCCCAAGAAGGUGCAAGAGGAUGAAAGAGCCAAGGAGAACACGAGCGACAACAAUGAAGAGAUACUGAAUAACGAGACGCGCACAAAAGCGGUACUGAAUAAGAAAGCGGAGGCGAAGAAGAGGAUAAGCUAUUAAAUUGCCAACCUCACACUUUAUUGGGAAGAACAGUUUAUCGAUGAUCUUUGGCAAGCAUAUGCAUUCACAUACCGAUUCAUUGAUGACAUUCUAGCUUGGAAGACAUCAGUGCCCCCUCCUGCUCGGUAUGGUCUUGAGUGGAAAGACACUUCUGAGCAAGAUGACUCGUGCCUUUUCCUUGGGGCAAGAAUCCUGGUUCAGCCAGAUGGCUCACUUCGCAUUGGCGUAUUUGAUAAGGCUGAGGCCUGGACAUUCCUUAUCAUGCGUUAUCCCAAUUCUUCCUCCAAUGCCUCAUCUGAUCAGCCCGCAGGUGUGCUCACGCGACAGCUAAUGAGGUUUGAACACAUCUGUAACAAUACCACCGACUUCAAAGCGGCAGUGACUUCCCUGACACGAGGCUUCUGGAACACGUCGACGUGUAGAGUGGAGACAAGGGGUGGUACUAGCACCACUCCUUACACAAAAGAGCAAGAGGAGGAGGCUGCAAAGAUCCUGGCCGAACAGAAGCCCAAAAAGGAGGGAAUUGGUGAAGCAGGCCAAGAAGUUGGCCUUACAGGAGCAGCAUGCAAAGAAGAAAAACAGUUGGAGGAAGAGAUGGAGACGAAAAAGGAAGAGGAGGAAAAGCUAAAGGCGGUGGAAGAAGAAGAAGAAGAGGAGGUGGAGGAAGAAGAUGUUGUAGUGAUUAAUCUGAACGCUUUUUGUAUUAGUCAUGUCGUUUGCCUGAAGGAAAGGUCAGACUUAUCUCCUUUUGAGACAAGUCCAGGCGGGUUCUCAGCAGGUCUUAGUUUGCAGGUUUCUGUACAGACAGUGUUUUCCCAACCUCUGUCUCAGGUUGCCGUAAGCGGGCAGCCUGUUGUCUCGCAUCGUGCACAGCCGCAGUGUUCGCAGCCUGAGCAGAUAGUGCAGCAACCUGCACCACAAGGUCCACAGUCCGGAAUGGUGCAGGUACCAGGACAAAGUCAGUGGGUUCCAAAGAUGACCAUCGCCGCUCCUAAACCCUUUACAGGGGAUAAGAGGGGCGAAGACCUCGACACAUGGUUGAGGGCAGUGCCAGUCUAUGUUAGGUGCAAACUUACCUUGCUGCACGAGGAAGUGCUUGUGGCUGCCUCCUAUCUAGAGGGGAGUGCAGCAAGAUGGUUGAGUGGUUUAGUGCAGCUCCAGGGGUAUCGUCAUGACUUUCACGCUUGGGCAGUCACCCAGAAAUUGAAUGACUUCCUCAAGUUGGUGGAAGAUAGGUGGCAUGAUCCGCAGGAGGCCCAAAAGGCUAUUGAUGCGAUCUUGACACUGCACACGAGGCAGUUUAAGUCAGUGAGAGAGGGCACUGACGCUGUAGAACGUCUAAUCUGUGUCCCUGGGGUUCGCUAUGACCCCGAGGUUUUACUCACCUCUUACCUGAGAUGUUUACCUAUGCCUCUCAGGAACCAGUUGGCAGAUGAGGCCAACAUCAACAUGCACAACUUCUCGUCGUUUAGCAAGAAGGCCCUAGACCUGGAAGCAAAGAUAGGGCAUGGUCAGACACCCACGACGGAUGGUAGGAAAAAGACAGUGCCUCGCAAUUGGAAAGCGAAGGGACGCAUUAUGUUCAUCCACAACGAUGGUUCUACCAUCAAGUUGGACGACGAGUUCCAGGCGGGAGAGGUUCAGAGGCGGGCAGCGUAGAAGCUUCAGGGGCUGGAGUAGUCGUUGUCGUAGCCCAGAAAGGUAAGGCGACCGGUAGGCACCGUGGAGUUGACCCCAAUGCUCCAUGGGAGAAAGCGGGUCUUAGUGAGGAUGUGUGGAGAGACCGGUACACUCGGCAAGCUUGCAUUCGUUGUGGCCAAUAUGGCCAUAACCAAUUCAAGUGUCGUAACAAAAAGGUGACCGAGAA